CCCGCGCGUAGCUCUGUCCAGUCGGAGCGGCGGCUGCGGCCCGCGCAGAGCCAAGAUGCCGAAGCUCGGGGGCCCCCUGCUGUGCCUGCUGCUGGCGGCGGCAGUCCCCACGACUCCUGCGCCGGCUCCGACUACGACCUCGGUUCCGCGUGAAUCCGGCCCGGCUCUCAGCUACCCACAGGAGGAGGCCACCCUCAACGAGAUGUUCCGUGAAGUGGAGGAACUGAUGGAGGACACGCAGCACAAGCUACGCAGCGCGGUGGAGGAGAUGGAGGCAGAAGAAGCGGCUGCUAAAACAUCAUCAGAAGUGAAUCUGGAAAACUUGCCUCCCAGCUACCACAACGAGACCAACACAGACACCAAGGUUGGAAAUAAUACCAUCCAUGUGCACCGAGAAAUUCACAAGAUAACCAACAACCAGACCGGACAAACAGUCUUUUCAGAGACUGUUAUUACAUCCAUGGGAGAUGAAGAUGUCAAGAGGAACCACGAGUGUAUCAUUGACGAGGACUGUGGGCCGGGCAAGUACUGCCAGUUUGCCAGCUUUGAGUACACCUGCCAGCCAUGCCGGGACCAGCAGACACUCUGCACCCGGGACAGCGAGUGCUGUGGAGACCAGCUGUGUGUCUGGGGUCGCUGCUCCAAAACGGCCACCAGAGGCGGCAACGGGACCAUCUGCGACAACCAGAGGGACUGCCAGCCGGGGCUGUGCUGUGCCUUCCAGAGAGGCCUGUUGUUUCCUGUGUGCACACCCCUUCCUGUGGAGGGCGAGCUCUGCCAUGACCCUGCCAGCCGGCUUCUGGAUCUCAUUACCUGGGAGCUAGAGCCUGAUGGGGCAUUGGACCGAUGCCCAUGUGCCAGUGGCCUCCUCUGCCAACCCCACAGCCACAGCCUAGUGUAUGUGUGUAAUCCAGCCUUUGGUGAGAGCCACAAUGAAGAUGGAGACAGCCUGCUGCCCAGAGAGGCCUUGGAUGAGUAUGAAGAUGGUGGCUUCAUUGAGGAAGUGCGCAAGGAGCUGGAGAACCUGGAGAGGAGCCUGUCUGAGGAAAUGGCACCCAAGGGGCCUGAUGUAGCCUCUGAGCUGUUGGGUGGAGAAGAGAUUUAGAUUCAGACCCGUUCUGUGGGUAGAUGUGCAAUAGAAAUAGCUAAUUUAUUUUCCCAGGUGUGUGUCCUCUAGGUGUGGACUGACCAGGCUUCUUCCCAUUUCCUAUUCCCAGUAUAUUUUCCCUCUGGCUUGA